AUGCCCUUUGGCUUGACUAAUGCACUUGGAGUUUUUAUGGACCUAAUGAAUCGAGUUUUCUACGAGUACAUGGAUAAAUUUGUCAUUGUCUUUAUUGAUGAUAUAUUGGUGUAUUCUCGAAGUGAAGAAGAGCAUGAAAAACAUUUGAGGGUUGUUUUAGGGAUCUUGAAGGAAAAUAAGCUAUUUGCAAAGUUCAAGAAGUGCGAGUUUUGGUUGGAGCGGGUGGUAUUCCUUGGGCAGGUUGUCACAGCUCAAGGAAUAGAAGUGGACCCCAGCAAGGUAGAAGCGGUAUUGAAUUGGUUAAGACCAACCAAUGUAAAUGAGGUUCGCAGCUUUUUGGGUUUAGUUGGAUACUAUAGGAGGUUCAUCGAAGGGUUCUCCAAAUUGGCAGGGCCUUUGAUGCAACUAACUCACAAAGGUACUAAGUUUGAAUGGACAGAGAAAUGUGAAACUAGUUUUGAAGAAUUAAAGAAGAGGCUGGUCAACGUGCCAGUGAAAGCUGAGCACCAAUGA